AACAGACAAAUCAGCAAGUGAGUUCAGACUGUUUAACGUCACUCAUUACGCAUGAACCUGGCAAAAACUCAGAUCCCACCACAAAACGAACAUUAGCGUCGCUUGGUCACUCCUGCCCAGCACGAAUCUCGGCCGUGGCAGACGCAGGCAUGGCCUCCACGGGGAGCACGACGGCGGCGGCGGUGCCGGAGGUGGCCCUGCCGUCCGGCGACGCGAAGCCGAUGCCGGUGAUCGGGCUGGGCACGGCGGUGAUGUUCCACGUCCGGCCGGAGGACACCCAGGACGCGGUGCUGGCGGCCAUCGAGCUCGGCUUCCGCUGCUUCGACACCGCCUACCUGUACGGCACCGAGAGGCAGCUCGGCGACGCCGUGGCGGAAGCCGUGCGGCGCGGCCUCGUCAGGUCUCGGGAGGAGGUGUUCGUCACGUCCAAGCUGUGGUGCACCCAGUGCCACCCGGACCUCGUCGUCCCCUCCCUCCGGGAAACCCUGCAGAACCUGCAGAUGGAGUACCUUGACCUGUACCUGAUCCACCAGCCCAUCUGCCAGAAGCCCGGGCCGCCCGUGUUCCCGGCCAAGAGGGAGGACGCCCGGCCGUUCGACUUCAAGGGCGUGUGGCAGGCGAUGGAGGAGUGCCAGCGGCUCGGGCUCGCCAGGGCCAUCGGCGUCAGCAACUUCACGACCAAGCACCUCGACAAGACCCUGCCCUUUGCCACCAUUACCCCUGCAGUGAACCAGGUGGAGGUGAACCCGGUUUGCCAGCAGCAGAAGCUGAGGACGUACUGCGCCGAGAAGGGCAUCCACGUCCAGGCGUUCUCGCCGUUGGGAGGGCAGAGCUGGAACGGGGAAGCCAACGCCGUGCUCGAAUCCGAGGUGCUCGCGGAGAUCGCCAAGGCAAGAGGGAAAUCCGUCGCACAGGUUGUGUUCUCUCAUAACCAACUGCCUCUGUAUGGCAUGCUCCACUUAUGCAUCUGUGAUGCUUACAGUCACAGAUCUACCCUCCUCCUUCUUCAGGUGUCACUGAGAUGGGUGUACGAGCAAGGAGUGAGUAUAGUCGUCAAGACCUACAACAAGGAGAGGCUCAGGCAGAACCUUGAGCUUUUCGACUGGGAGCUGACCGACGAGGACCGGCUCAAGAUCAGCCAGAUCCCACAGAAGAAGCUUCAGGGUGGCGCGUUCAUGUUCUACCCAGAAGGCGAAUUCACAUCGGUUGAUAUUUCUGAAAUCAAUUUCGCAGAGGAGUAGGCACUGAAAAAUGCCCUGCAGACGUGCCUCAAUGUCGCUCUACAUACACAGUACGUAUAGCUCUUUGAAUAAGGCAGCAUCACCGUCCUUUGCUGCGUUGAUGCUUUUUUUUUCUUCACACGAAAUGUUGUCAUAUAAAGUUCUCCUAUAGCAUAAUGUUGUAUCA